UUCUCAAUCCAUCGAUUAUUCAGAACUUUUUAUUCUAAAAGCAAUCAUUGUCUUUUUCGAACCUAGAUUUGUUGAUAAUGUCUCCCAAGCCAACACUUAUUUUUGUCCCAGGAGCAUGGCACCCCGCCAGUAUCUGGGACAAAGUGAGUUCGCUAUUAAAAGCACAGGGGUACAACUGCAUUGCUAUUACUCUGCCGACAACCACUUCAGAUCCUUCAAAGACGUUCUCGGAUGACUUCCAGGCUGUCCGAAACGCCAUCAAGACGGAGACAGCCCAAGGACGUAACGUUGUGGUUGUGGUGCACAGCUAUGGAGGAGCAGUAGGCGUGAGUGCAGUCAAAGAUCUCACGGCAGCCAAAGGAAACACUUCGACGAUUACUUCUGAUCCGACCGGUCACGUAAUUGGCAUUUGCUCAAUGGCCUCUGGAUUUGGCCCCGCCGGGAAGACCUUUAUGGAUGCGCUUGGUGGAGCGCCGCCAAACUCAUGGAAGCUCGACUAUGAGAGUGGUUUUGCUGUUCUAGUGGGAGAUCCUAGCGAGUCUUUCUAUCACGACUUGCCGGAAGAAGAACGCAAGUACUGGGUCAGCAAACUCUUGGACCAAUCAUUGAAAGCUCUCACUGAAGGAGCAGAGGACACUUAUGCAGGUUGGAUGGAUGUGCCCGUGUGGUAUCUGGCUACUACUGAGGACAGGGCGUUACCAUUUCAAGCGCAACAGUACUUUGUCCAGACUGUUAAAGAUGCGGGAGGAAACAUAACAGUACGAGAAGUUGAGAGCGGCCACUCACCAAUGUUGAGUAAGCCAAAAGAGACUGCGGAUUUCAUAUCGGAAGCGGUAACGGCCUUUGUCGGCUGAAGUUUUCUUUGUGAUCGAGAGCGAAGUUGGCUCUCGUUCAGAUAGAUGCCUGUACUCGUACUGUUAAAAAUCUACUCUGCUCCUCCCAAACCGCUAUUCUGUCUUCACCAGUUGAUUAUACCAACUCGGAUUGUAUGGUGAGUAUAAACAAUGACUGGAAGCUCAAUAUCCCCAGUAUCUGUGGUUUUUGACCACUGUUUCAUACAGUCAGCAUCGGGCCUGAAGGAUGGUGCUGUUGACAAGUCACUCCAGUAACGUAAGAGGAUGAUCUCCCUGCACAAGUCCGACACGCUCUUUGUCAGGCAAAGAUUCAACGAUCCGCAUCUGGGAAAGUAACGACGCUGGACACGACUCAUGGCUGCGCAGCAUCUUCACAUUUUCCU